AUGCAUGAACAGAGCCACGGGUUUCUAUCUCAACCACUGUUCAAUUCAGGGUGGACUUCACUGACCCAAGUUCACAGUGACGCCAGCCGAGAGCUAGAGAAGGAGUGGGCUUUGCUAGAAAAGGCAGAAAAUGACCCAAAUAUCGUCAGCUUCGACUGCGAGGCUCACCCAAGGCCGUGCAAGCACCUCGAUGUAACUUCCUUCCCGACAAUCCGUCUGUACCAUCGCGACGGCCGAAUGGAUCGGUAUCGAGGGGAGAGGAAGGCCAGAGAAAUGGGCAUGUUUAUUCACCGCGCCCUCCAGCCGUUCGUGAUUGAGACAGUCGAGUCCACGGCCGGUGCCCUGAGGCUCCUGGAUGACGUUGUCAUCAUGGCACACCCUCUCCCGGACGACUGGAGCCUGUACGAGCGCUUCAAGGCGCUGGCAAAACAGUACCGCGACCGCUAUAGCUUCGUCGUCUCCUCGCCAAUUCAGGACACAUCUGCCCUGGCGUGCUACAACAACGUCGACGAUGAGAAGCACGUGACUACAGAAGUCGCGACUGUGCAGGCGCUCGAGGACUUUGUCAAGCUGUGUUCAGACCCGCUGAUUCCAGAGCUGACGAGGCAGAACGAGGUACAAUACACGAAGACCGGCAAAAGCAUACUGCACUACUUCGCUACGACCGAGGCAGAGAAAGAGUCGUACAGGGUAGAAAUGCGGCCGCUGGCAAAGAAGUAUUCCGAGUUUCUGCAUUUCGCCAUCACCGACGCCGACGACUACUCGGACAUACUGCCGGCCGUUGGGCUCAAGGCCGGAGCGAAGACGGGCCUCGCCCUGGAGAACCGCAACACUGGGGAUAUGUUUCCCUACAAGAGAGCCAAGAAAAUCACGGCCAAGAAUGUCGAGGACUUCCUGAACGACAUUAUUGACGGGAAUAUCAAGCCUUGGAACCAAGAAGCAGGAUCGGGACAGGAGGGGAGGAGCCAUGAGGAGCUCUGA